CCUCGACUACAGUAGCAGACACUCAUACGACUUCACCAUGUCCUUUUCAGACGAUCGGCUCUGUCGCAACUGCACCAAGCUAGGUCUGCAGGCAAUCUUUGACCCGGCUCGGUUUGACGGUCUCCCAGUCAUCGGCUCGGUUCAGAGUUACAAAACUAGCUGGACCAAGUACAUCCAACAUGUUGGAGACUGGAGACCGCUCACCCGGGAGGAGAGAAUCAGUCAAUACCCCCCAGGCAUUAUUCCAAGCUGUCCUUUCUGUGACUUCAUCUUCUCCAUCGGCUUCAAUCUCGCCCGCUACCCUAAGGCCGAGAAGGACAAGAUCAUACUAGCGAUUCCCGCCAAUCUGCUCUACAACUUUGCUGUUCUAGAUAAGGGGCCGGGUAGCGAUGGACUUUCAGACUAUACCUCAGUAUUCCUCCUUGUCAUGAACCCCUCCCACUAUAAGACAGCGUCCGCUCAGUACUUUGGCAAUAACAGCGCCGGCGGUGGCUUGACAGCGUGGAUCCGUUUCGCCCAUCGGGAGGCGCCGGGAAGUCUGGUCUCUCUUGCGUCCACCGUCAUCUUGGAGCCCCCCAACUUUCUUCUGGACCUUCCGAUGCAGGGCAGAACCUUACGUGAGGAGAAAAUCGAUUACGGUCUCAUCCGAUCAUGGAUACACCUAUGCGAGCAUCACCACGACACAUGUCGUACCAGCCCAGACUGGCAGACUCUCCCUCACUUUAAGCUCAUAGACUGCGAAUUCCGUCGGAUCAUCAACACGGAUCCAGGUACCAGGUAUCGCUACGUUGCGUUAAGCUACGUUUGGGGAGAUGCGGAGCCUGACAAGUACACAUACCCUGAUCUGCCGGACAGCCUUCCGCCGGUCAUCCAGGAUGCCAUGAGGGCCACCAUCAAGCUUGGCUUCCGGUAUAUUUGGAUCGAUAGAUACUGCAUCUGGCAAAACAACGAGACUCAUAAGAUGAGCCAAGUGGAGAAGAUGGACCAGAUCUACGGAGACGCAGAACUCAGUAUCAUCGCCAUCGGUGCCAAGGACCCAAGCUACGGGCUGCCGGGCUUGUCCCUCGGGCGAACGCAACACAGUCCCAUUACCAAAACGAUUGGCCAGGAGAAAAUCGUCACAAACUUUAGCCAUCAGUGGCAACUUGAUCAGAUCUCGAGAUCAAAGUGGUCCACGCGGGGUUGGACGUUUCAAGAGACGUGUCUCUCCAGGAGAAGACUCUACUUCUCCAACUACGAGGUCUCAUUCGAGUGCCACGAUAUGAUGUGCUUCGAAAAUCUCACGCGUCCUCUCGCUUUGCAGGGGAAUCUGGAGCACCAUGAGAGGCCCGAAUGGACUCUUCUCAAUACUCCAGACGGUAUCUGGGCAAUAAUCCAGAAGUACUGCGAUCGUCAGCUCAGAUACUCAAGCGACAGGCUGGCCGCUGUAUCCGGAGUUUUGAAGAAGUGGUCACGAGUCAACUCAGGGUGCUUUUCGUACUGGGGCAUUCCGAUAGUCGCCUCCGGCUGGCCUGCUGUAGACGCCACUGCCUCGAAACGCGCUUUUCUCGCCGGGCUGCAAUGGGAGAUCCGACCUGAAGGAAAGAACUAUGCGAGACUGGAAGCCUUCCCAAGCUGGUCGUGGGUAUCUCAAAACGGGAAGACGUUGUUUGGCCACCAAGGCUACUUUCACCUGAGACCCCCCAAGUUAGUGGAACUAACGGACAAGUUCGACGCGGAGGUUUGGGUGGAAACACCUCAGGGGGACGUCGUAAAAUGGGCUAAAUUCUAUGAAUCUGGUGGUCUUGAUGCGUCAAUCCUGCAGUGUACGAGGUAUCUUCACAUCGAAGGCUGGUCUUUCGAGACCGGACCCCUCUGCUAUCGACAGAUCAAGCGGCGUUCAGGCACCGCGCACGACGACAUGUUCUAUCUUCCGACAACACGCAAACCUCUAGAUGGGAAAGGGGAGUUUGUGGUGAAGUUUACUCCAGACUUUGUAUACGAAGAUACCUUCCUCGGCCGAAGACUCACGGCGAUAUGCUGCUCACCUCUGGAAUUUGCGACGUGCGCUAUAGUUCUCGAGUCUGUCCCGGGUCUCACCGUGAGGAUAGGGCUGCUAGCGUUUAUGAGGAUCGAAGACUUGGGUUCACACGAAUCGCAAAUUCCUGAGAAUCUGCCCUUUUCUGGGCUUCCAUUCGCUUCGCAGAGGCGUCGUUUCCGUUUGGGAUAG